AUGUUUUUCGCUUCCUCAUACCUCUUCCUCUCAUUUCUCCCCCCUUUUUUUCUCCAUUCCUUCUUUUGCCAACCAUUUCUUUUAUUCAUUCCUCCCUUCAUUUACAUCUACCCACAGGAGGGACCACGUCGUCCCUCUGUGACGGUAGGCAAUUCUAACGAGAUUAUGGAGGAUGACGUUUCUAAUGCUACCGUAAUCCGAAAAUGCAGAGAGAAUAAUAAACGUCUUUUCUACGGUAAAGCAGUCCCACGCAAAGAGGCUACAGAAAACGGCCGAGAUGGCUUUUCUUUUUGUUUUUCUACGUUACUUUCUAUCUGUCUUUAUUCUGUGUUUCUUUUCUUCUGUGUUUAUUUUCUUUGUAUUUUUCUUUCUUUCUUCACCCACUCUCUUUCUCUUUCUCUUUCUCUUUCUCUUCUUCUAAACGGUUCUUUGAUUUUUGAUGCUUCUAUUUUUCUUCUUUUUUCCUCCUUUCCCAUUAGCAAUUUCCCCCUCCCCAUUUAUUAUUACACCCUCGCCUUUUUCUUUCUUUCUUUUUUAUUUUUCUUUCUUUCUUUCGACUUUUUAUUUUAUUCUUUCUUUCUUUCUCUUUUUUAUUUUUCUUUCUUUCUUUCUUUCUGCUUUUUAUUUUAUUCUUUCUUUCUUCUUUUAUACUCUAUUCUUUCUUUCCCUUUUUUAUUCUAUUCUUUCUUUUUUCUUUCUUUCUUUUUCAUUUUUUCUUUCUUUCUCUUUCUUUCUACUUUUUAUUUUAUUCUUUCUUUCUUUUUUCAUUCUUCUUUUAUACUCUAUUCUUUCUUUCUCUUUUUUAUUCUAUUCUUUCUUUUUCAUUCUUUCUUUCUUUUUUCUUUUUCUUUCUUUCUUCCUAUUUUUUAUUUUAUUCUUUAUUUCUUUUUUCUUUCUUCUUUUAUACUUUCCUUCUUCCUUUCUAUCGUUCUUUCUUUCUUUUUUAUUCUAGUCUUUCUUUUUUUUUCUUUUUUAUUUGUCUUUCUUUCUUUCUACUUUUUAUUCUUUAUUUCUUUUUCCUUCUUUUUUUAUACUCUAUUCUUUCUUUCUUUCUUUCUUUUUUCUUUCUUUCUUUCUCCUAUUUUACUCUAUUCUUUCUUACUCUUUUUACUCUUUUCUUUCUUUCUUAUUCUACCUACCCUUUCAUAUUUCAUGCUUUUCUUCCCUACUUCUAAACUCCCGUUCCCUCUUUCAUUCCUAUCAAUCUUUCUUUCUUUCUUUCUUUCUUUCUUUCUUUCUCCUGAUCACCGUAGUCUUCCUCCUUUUUUCAAAUAUGCUUUUCUUUCUUUCUUUCUUUCUUUCUUUUUUCUUUCUUUCUUUUUUUUCUUUCUUUCUCCUGAUCAUCGUAGUCUUCCUCCUUUUUUUUAUAUGCUUUUCUUUCUUUCUUUCUUUCUUUCUUUCUUUCUAUCUUUCUUUCUUUCUUUCUUUCUCCUGAUCAUCGUAGUCUUCCUCCUUUUUUUUUCUAUAUUUCUUUCUUUUUUCUUUGUUUGUUUGUUUGUUUGUUUCAAUUCUUUCUUUCUUUCUUUCUUUCUCCUGAUCACUGUACUCUUCCUCCUUUUUUCAAAUAUGCUUUUCUUUCUUUCUUUCUUUCUUUCUUUCUUUCUUUCUUUCUUUCUUUCUCCUGAUCAUCGUAGUCUUCCUCCUUUUUUCAAAUAUGCUUUUCUUUCUUUUUUCUUUGUUUGUUUGUUUGUUUGUUUGUUUGUUUCUUUCUUUCUUUCUUUCUUUCUCCUGAUCACUGUACUCUUCCUCCUUUUUUCAAAUAUGCUUUUCUUUCUUUCUUUCUUUCUUUCUUUCUUUCUUUCUUUCUUUCUUUCUUUCUUCUGA